ACCAGUUCAAAGCCAAAUAUAGACAAUUAGGGUACGAAAUAAUUUCCUCAAAAAAAUGGCACUGUUAUUUGAGGCACUUUUCUGUUUAAUUGUUGCUGCGGUAAGUGCCUCACUCACCUCCGACUACUACCAACAACUAAUAUCUCAAGAAACUGCAAAAGCACUCACGUACGAGCUGCCCAAAAAGAACGAGGAAUUCAGAACAGGGUUCGAAUCUGACGAAAUAAACGAUUAUGGUGAAUACGACGUGGUUAUAGUGGGAGCGGGUACAGCAGGAUGUAUUGUUGCAACGAGAUUAUCCGAAAUUGCUAAAAUUAGUAUUCUCUUAAUAGAGGCUGGAGGCGAAGAAAAUGACUUCAAUCAAAUGCCUGGGUUGUGGGCGUACCACCAGUUUAGCGAACUUAACUGGGGUUAUUACACCACACCACAAAAAUACUCCUGCUUAGGAAUGAACAAUUCACAGUGCAACAUGGUUAGAGCGAAGGUAAUAGGGGGUGGAAGCUCAAUCAAUGGCGUAAUGUACGUCAGAGGGAACUACAAGGACUACGACAACUGGGCGGCACUAGGAAAUCGUGGAUGGUCCUACAAGGAUGUCCUGCCGUUCUUUAAAAAAUCCGAGAAUUCGCAAGUCGAUGGUGAUAAAGGAUAUCACGGAAUAGGCGGUUUCUGGAAUAUUGAAUAUUCGCUACCAUUGUCUCCAUUGUACGACAACUUCGUCAACGGUAGUCUAGAAACGAACCUAACAUUCGUAGACUAUAACGGUAGAAGCCAGAUCGGUGUAACUAGACUACAGAUUAACACUAAAAGAGGUCGAAGACAAAGCUUUGGGACGGCAUUUCUGAACAACGCCCGAAAACGUAGUAACCUCAAAGUCGUGACCAAAGCCCUAGUGACAAAAAUCACCAUAGACCGACAAUCUAAACGAGCAACAGGAGUAGAAUUCGUGACCAACAAUAAAAAAUUCCGAGUACGAGCUAGAAAACAAGUGAUCGUUUCGGCAGGUACCGUCAACACUCCCCAGCUACUACUUUUAUCGGGAAUUGGACCCAGAAACCAUUUACGAGACCUCAAAAUCCCCCUAGUUGCGGAUCUACCAGUCGGUAAAAACCUCAUAGACCACGUCAUUCUUACUUUGAUAGUUCGUUCAAACUACACCGCCCCUAAUACUACCUUGCAGCAACAAGUUGAACAAUUUUUGAACGGAUUAGGUACUCUAACGACAAGCACAAACGUCCACGGAAUGAGUUUCUUCAACACCAGAAAUAACUCCGCAGAAGGACCUGCAAUCCAAUUCGUCAUAGCAAGCCCCGUUUCCGCUGACGCCUCUUUGUUUCAAAGAACCCAAAACUACAACAACACAAUUGCCGAAAUGUAUUCCAAGCUAAUCCAACCACAAAACGACAUGGUAUGGUACGUGGUACUGCUCCACGAAAAAUCCAGAGGUCGGAUCUGGUUGCAAUCAGAGAGCCCCAUAGAUUUUCCCAACAUCGAUUUAAACCUGCUCGAGAAACAAGAAGAUGUGGACGUUUUGAGUGAAGGGAUGGAAUAUGUGUACAGACUUUUGAAAACUGAGGCUUUCAAAAAAGUAAAUGCUGAGUUACUUGAUGUUCCGCUGUGUGACAAAAAUUCGAAACAGUUUUUGGAAUGUUUCAUCCGGAAUCUGGGUGGUCCUGGUUAUCAUCCUUGCGGAACUGCAGCGAUGGGUCCAGAUCCCAGGAAGUUUGUUGUUGAUGAUAAGUUGCGAGUGCAUGGAGUUGGAAACUUGAGGGUUGUUGAUGCGUCGAUUUUUCCGCUGGGGAUAUCUGGGAAUACUAACGCGGCUACGGCGAUGGUGGCCGAAAAAGGCGCAGAUAUUAUCAAAUCGGAGUUAAAAUGAAUAGUGUUUUUUCACGUUGUUGCAAUUUGUUCCAAUAAAUUUUUGAUGUUGUCUGGAUUAACUAA